AUGGAGACGGAAGGCGGCUCGCCGUUGUGGUUGCAGGAUAUCGCCCAGCGAUUCGUGGGGCUGAUCACGCACCGCCAGCUGCUGCACGACUGGACGCUCGCCUUCAUCGCUUCGUGCCUGGUCGGCCUCAGCUCCCUUGACCUCAGUGAUGCCACCUAUCUCUCGCUUGAAUCGCUGAUCAAGACAGCAAGUCGAUGGGAGUCCCUGCGCCAGCUCUCUACGUUCCGGCGUCCAGCGAUGCACCUUGAAGAGCUCAAUCUAUCGCAAUGCGUCGCCAUCACCAACGACGCCCUGGUCCACCUGAGCCGAUUCCCUCGGCGGGCCUUGGGUGGCGGCUGGCAGAGCUUGGACGUAAGCAACAACUGCGCCAUCAACGACAAAUUCCUCGCCUCUGUAGUGCUUCCAGGCGACGAUAGCACAUCUCGCGGCCUUGCCGAGCUGGAGUUGCUCGACCUGCAGCGUACCCGCGUUACCGCGGCCGGUCUGGCCCAGUUCAUCAGGGCAGGGACCCAGCGUGCGCUCACGGUCAAGCUUGAGUCGAUCGACUGCUUGAAGCUGGCUCCCGACGUGCUUCGAUUGGCACGCUCGGCGAAUAGCGCGUCGGUUGACCUCUUUCAGGCGAUCUUACCGGCCUCCGAGCUGACCUUUGCGCCUUGCGAGCACGGGGACGAACUGGUCGACGAGCUGGAGAGUCCCUACCAACGGCUGCUUUCGCCCGACACUGCGGAGCUCAAGCUGUUCAGCUCGAAUCCAAGCUCGCAGAGGGCGGACCAGGCUCGGGACGUCCUACGCAAGGCGUCGCGAGUCAGCCGCCUCCAACUGUGUCCCACUUUGAUGGAUUAUUCUCUCAGUGGCGUGUUGGCCCAGUUCCAGUGCCUCAACAAACUCGCUCUGUGCCGCACGGUGCCCGUACACCGGCUUGAUCUCGGCUGGACUUCACCGCUGGACCACUCCGGAGCCCUGUCAUCCUUAUCCGCGCUCUCCCUGAGCUCCGUUGGCCUGAACUGCCGCACGCUGGCCGAGAUCGAGCGUCUCCCCGGCCUCACGAGCCUAUCCAUCACAAGGAUUCCCAUAUCGCUGUCCGAUGACGACGCGUCCGCCAUUGCCCGGGUCAUCGGCGAUGUGAUCGGCUCGCUGUCGCGCCUCUGCAAGCUGAAGCUCGGCCCCUGGAACAUCAGUGGCGGACAUGCGAACUUGGAGAUCGGUCUGGUCGUCCGCCGCCCGCGGCUGCGCACGCUCAGCGUGAUCGGGAAAACCUUCAACGUGCUCGCGGUCGAGUGCCCUUCGCUGACGCGCUGUUCUCUGCUCGACUGCUGGCACCCCGACAGCAACGCCGUUGGUGACGACCACCUCGUCUCAUUCCAUGACCCGGCCUUCGUGGCCCGACUGCCGCGCAUGCGGCGGUUCCACCUGCGCCACUCGGAAGUGCCCGCAACCUUCGUCGAGCGCGCCCUGCGCCAGUGGCCGCGGCUCACCCACCUCGACCUGCGAGGCUUCGCCAUCGUCGACAUGCCGCUCGCCGCCGCCUUCGCCCACGGUGGCCACGCCCUGACCUCGCUCCAUCUCAGCGACUGGGACCUGCGGGGCGAGUUCGCGGCGUUCCACGCGCUGGUGGCCCGAUGCACCCGGCUCGAGGCGUUGAGCCUGCGCGACGCCGAGGGCUUUCGGGUGGAGGCGCUCGAGAGCCGCUGCCUGCGGUCGCUGACGAUCGCCUUCGUCUACGAUCUGGGCAGCGAGCUGCGCCUGCCCGGCCUGCCCAACCUCGAGCGGCUGAGCGUCGACGCGUUCGACGUCUACUCGCUCCACCGGCUUGUCAUCACCGACAAGCCACGGCUCGUCGAGCUGCGCGUGCCGCGGAGCUGCGGCCUGCGUGAGAUCACCGUCGCCAACGCUCCGCUGCUGUGCAGCGUCAACGUCGAGGCGCCGCUGCUUGACACCCUCCGCGUGAGCGGCUGCCCGCUGCUGCGGAGCCUCGCCAUUAGCCAUUGUGAGCGCCUGUGCACGCUGGACGGUGUCGAGUGCCCGUCUCUGCGGGUCCUGGAGCUCCAGAACAUGAGGCACCUCAAGGCCGCACAAGCCCGCGAGCUGGUCCAGCAGCGCUUCCCGCUACUCGACGAUCUCAGGGGCGGCGAGAACGGGCAGGUCUCGAGCGAGCGGCGUUCGAGACAGUCGGCCCGCUGGUCGGUGUCGAGCGGGCCGUUCUUGACCUGCGAGAGGUACGUGAGGAUGUGCGCGAAGAACUUCUUGCCCGCGACCGACUUGCGCACGUACGAGUUCGGGGUCGGUCGCACGCACGUGCAGAGCCAGCAGCCCUUCCCCGAUGUCUAA